AUGAUGCUCCCUUCCCCAGACUCCUCGGUAUCCUCUCUCCAACCCCACCCAGAACCUCUGAAUUGCACCAGAUCCCACCUUUCCCUUUCUCCUGCAAUCCCAGAUCCCAAACAGCAUUGGGCCUCAAGCACUGAGGCCCUUCUCUCCUUCCAUCCCCUUGUUGCUAUGGCUCUCAUUCCCUGUAAACAAAGAGAAAAAGCCUCUGAUUGGCUCCUGGUGAGGAUGGUUGCCUGGCAACCCUCCAGAGCAUGCUUAGUAACCACUAAUACAAAAAAAAAAAAACCCCACACAGCCAACCACUUGGCAGUGGGAGGCAGAAAUUCCAGAAGGAAGGUGACACAAUGGGAUGAGCAUGACAACAGAACACGGCUUGCUGAACGUAUCGACAGUGUGAACAGAUGGAAGGAGACCUUGGACAAAUGCCUCACAGACACAGACACUGAAAUUGAUGCCUUAGCCAAAAUGAAGGAGGCAGCGGAACGUGCGCUGCAGGCCAAGAACUUGCCCUUGGACGUGGCGAUUGAGUGCUUGACGCUUCGGGAGAGCCGCCGAGCCAUUGACGUGGUGAAGGACCCCGUGGAGGACGAGCUGCACAAGGAGGUGGAGGUGAUCGAUGGAGCCAAGAGAGAUCUGCAGCAGAAAGUGAGCGAGGCCUUCGAGCAGCUCUGCCUCUUGCAGGAAGCACGCCAGCAGCUCAACUUUGAUCACCGGGGGAAAAUGGAAGCACUGGAAAUAGAUCGGGUCUGCUCCUCUCUCAACGUCAACUCUCCCAACAUCUCGUUCAAGGUCAAUCCAACCCGGGUCCCAAUUGGAUCAACAACGCCUCAGCAGUGGGACCAGUACAGCCAGUACAACGCAGACCGGGCGGAGGCGGAAAUGAAAGCCUCCACUGAGCUGCGGGAAGCAAUAGCCCUCACCAUUGCCCAGACAAACAACGAGCUGGAAGCUCAGCGGGUGGCCACGGAGUUCGCCUUGCGGAAGAGGAUCCGGGAGUUUGAAAAAGCCUACGACGAGCUGAAAUGGCAAGAGAAGAAUACCUUGGAGGAAAUUGCUGAGAUGGAAGAGGACAUCCGACGCCUCGAGGAAGAUCUCAGGAAGAAAAUGUGGGAUUUGAAACUUGCGCACACUCGCCUGGAGACCCGGACUUACCGCCCCAACAUGGAGCUGUGUCGGGAUCAGGUGCAGUAUGGGUUAACUGAUGAGGUCCAUCAGCUGGAAGGCACCAUCGCCGCCCUGAAGCAGAAGCUUGCACAGUCACAGGAUGCCCUAGACGCUCUCUAUAAACACCUGUACCGCAUCCAAACAGAUAUGAGCUACAAAGCUAACUCCCUGAUGCUGGACAACAAGUGCAUGGACAGCAGGAGAAAACUCACAGUGCCCGCUGAGAAAUUUGUGCCAGAGGUUGACACCUUCAACCGAACCACUAACCGUACCCUCUCACCUCUGAAGAGCAGGCAGCUGGAGCUGGCUUAAUCCACUGGGAACAGCACUGGGCAAAGGAGCCACUCUGAAGAUAAAACUCCUAGAGAGUCAGUUCCAUACCAAGGAAAGCUGACAUCUGUGUCGUGUUAGAACAAUGUUAUUCUCCUGCCCCCAAAGUUGUUUUAUAACUGUCUGUCCCCUGCAUGAUUUGUAUAGCUUCUUGCACUCCAAGGAGCAUUAUAAAUAAUAAAGUCUGUCCCCAAGAGCACUUGUCAUCUGACAGCAUUGGAAGCAUUUUACGAUGAUUGAAUCCAUGUGGGCUGUCUAGUGUUCUAAAUCCUUUAAAGUGCGGGGCUGUGCUCUGAAAAGGAACUGUGUAACAGUGGCACCUCUCCAGAUCAUCUUCCUGUGCUGAUAGAUUCAGAUCUGCCUGCCUUAAUGUUUAAAAUAACAUUGUGGGGUUUUUGU